AUGGAAAACGAGGUGGAAAACAACCUGUCUUCACCUAGAGAGGCACCGAAGUUCUGGGAUUGUUUCCAGGAUGGCGCUGUCGACUGGAUAAAGCUUACGCGUUACUUCGACUACCAGGCGGAGGCGUUCCCGCUGAUGACCUCCAUCUCACGUGUCGUGAAGCUGUCUCCGGGCAUCAUCCUUAUUAUAUCCAUCGUGGCCCUUCUAAUCAUUUUCGCCUGCGGCAAGGGCACGACGAUUAUCUGCGACGCGGCCGGGCUUCUCUACCCCGGAUACAAGACCUACAAGGUCAUCAAGCUUUUCGACGGCUGCCCAGCCAUCAGGCGCGCUGCAACACAGGAGCUUAACGGAGCCAUUGGAAUUGACGGCAGCACGCCUCAGGAGCAGCUCAUGUUCUGGGCGAAGUACUGGGUGGUUUACUCGCUCGCCUUCGUGUUCAAGUACAUGCUAUACGCCGUCUUCUUCUGGGUGCCUUUCCAGGACCUGUUCAAGCUGUGCUUCGUGGUGAUGAUGUUCCAUCCCAAACUCAGGGGCGCCGAAUUGGUUUUCAACUUCUUCGUAUUCCCCUUCCUCAUACAAUACGAGAAGCGCAUCGACGGCGCGCUGGACUUCGUGGACAAGAAGAUGGACGAACUCAUGAAGAACUACAGCCAUUAUGCCAUGAACCCAAAGCUGAAGGAGCGUAUGGCCCAGGGAGCGGCCACCUGGAAAGCCGCUACGCAGGGGAAGUGA